CGUAUGACUAACCCUGCCGGUGUGUGAGCUGUGCGUGCGCUUGCAAUCUUGCUCUCUCCGGUGACAUCUAUUGAUUGUGGCAACCCCCACGAGGGCGAGAGAAAGGGAGGGCAUUUUCUUCGGCGAGCACCUCUAAGCGGAGGCUGUUCAAGAUGGGGGCCUUCCUGGACAAGCCGAAAAUGGACAAGCACACGGAGUGCGGCCUGGGCAACGGCCUGCGCUACGCCCUGUCAAGCAUGCAGGGCUGGCGAGUGGAGAUGGAGGACGCUCACUGCGCCGUCGUGGGCCUCCCCUGCGGCCUGGACCGCUGGAGCUUCUUCGCCGUCUUUGACGGGCACGCCGGGGCCCGCGUCUCGGCCCACUGCGCCCAGAACCUCCUGGACUCUAUCAUCCAGACGGAGGAAUUCGCCCAGACGGUUUCUGGCGGCGAGGAGACGGCGGAGCAGGUGUCAACGGGCAUCCGCAACGGCUUCCUCUGCCUGGACGACCAGAUGCGAGCCAUCCCAGAGGUGGCCUCGGGCGAGGACAAGAGCGGCUCGACGGCGGUGUGCGCGCUUGUGUCACCCUCGCACCUGUACUUCGCCAACUGCGGGGACUCGCGUGCUGUGCUGUGCCGAGCCGGGGCGCCGGCCUUCUCGACGCGCGACCACAAGCCCAUCAACCCGGGCGAAAAGGAGCGCAUCCAGCGGGCAGGCGGCAGCGUGAUGAUCCAGCGGGUGAACGGGUCGCUGGCGGUGUCGCGGGCCCUCGGGGACUUUGAGUACAAGCAGGUGGCCGGAAGGGGCCCCUGCGAGCAGCUGGUGUCGCCCGAGCCCGAGGUGACGGUGCGGCCGCGGGAGCUGGCCACGGACGAGUUCAUGGUGCUGGCGUGCGACGGCAUCUGGGAUGUGCUGAGCAAUGAGGAGCUGUGCCAGUUCGUGCGGCACCAGCUCCUGCUGACCGACUCGCUGGAGGCAGUGUGCUCGGCGGUCAUCGACAUCUGCCUCUACCGGGGGAGCAAGGACAACAUGAGCAUUGUGUUGGUGUUGUUUCCCGGUGCGCCGACGGUGAGCGAGGAGGCCCUCAAGCAUGACCAGGAGGUGAACGUCCUCAUCGAGAAGAGAAUCACAGAGCUUCUGGUGGAUUGUCCGGAGAUUGGGAUGAACAUCAUCAUCCAGGUCCUCGCAGAGGAGGAGCUCCCCGGGCUGCCCCCCGGCGGCGGCAUCUUGGCCAAGCGAAGUUUCAUCGAGGAAGUCUACAGCAAGUUAAAACCCUCGUCACCGUCUUCCGAUUAGGUCAGAACCCUUCACUUCCGCGAGAACGGCAGCGAACGAGCCGGCCGGCGAUUGGGUGACCGGCGUUCUUCAGCGGCGGGAAGGAGACUGAAGGAGGCGGGGAGGAAGUAGGGAAUGCUGCGGUAGUCCAAACACCGUGCGCUGGAGGAGUUGGAGAGGCGAUUAACCAACUUUACCACCACCGCUAGUGCCCUUCCCCCCCACCCCAGACACCACGAGCAACAGGACAGCAACGUGGAACACACACAAACACGUGCACACACUCACACGCAAGCAACCACACGAAGACAACAACGGCACAUCCUCCCUUUCAUCAUCCCAGUGUUGUACAAUUAUUACCGUUGUUAUUAUUAUCGUCGUCGUCGCCACACCGUUAAUUUUAUCCUCAUUUCAAAUAGAGCAAAGUAAAAAAAAAAUAGUGGCGGAGAGAAAGCGAAAGAAAAAAAAAAAAACCAAAGGCUGAGGCGCGAAGAGUAGCACAUCUGAGUUUUGAGUUUUUAGAUAUUUUUUUUCUUAUUUCUUUGCGUCGAAUAAAGAAGGUGCGAGCUUUUGAGACGGAAGCGCCCCAUGCCCCCCGUGGUCAGAGUCGUUCUUGCGGUGUUCGAGAGUUUAGCAAACAUUGCCAAUAAGUAUAUUUUGGCACUGAACCACGUCAUGUGUUUCCGAUGCCGAGUGUGCUGUCGUUCCCCUUUUUUUUUUACUUUUUCCGUUGGCGUGCAAUAUCAGACUUGACCUUGGAAUCUUUUCUCUCGUGAUUCCGCCGUGUUUUGUGGCUUGCGUCGAAAUUAAAACAAAAGCUUGCCACUCCAUCUUCCCGCAGUAUGACGUACAAGAGGAGGUAUCGUGAGAAACUGUAUUGGGGUUUCCAUGUACCCAACAGUGAAACUCGACUGCGGAGUGCUGUCGCAGCUCAAACAGCCUAGGUAGUGACUGACCGAGGGGGUGAUGCGUUGAAAGAGCCCCCCUGGUGACAUACCGACCUCUUUCUGGACGAAUAGCCACACGCUUUGAAGUGGUUGUGCUCGCUGAAGGUUUCGCACGCAACAUUGUGUGGCGGUAAUGCAGGAAGGCUGUUUGUGCACUGUUUCAUCGCUCCAGACGUUCAACUCUAAGUACUAAGUAACAUCGCGAGCGAACUUGUUUAGCUGUUUUUCUGCAUCGCAGUAGUGGGCAUAAUGGAAAGGCUGCUCUUGUGAGAGUACUUUGUGUUCCCUGCAGCCAGGCACAUGCGCUUCACUGCACAGCAAAAUUUAGUUUUCGCCGAUUUACCCGAGUUGGUGGCGGUUUGCUACUGGCCUGACGUGGCGGCUUUAGAAGAGUAAUCUUCCGCAAUUAUCGUUUUUAGAAAAGACAAGCGCAGGGAUUUUUUUUGGUCGGAUGGGAAGAUUUUUCUCGGCGAUGUCCAGCUUGUUGAAGGUCAAAUGGUUUCUCCUCUUGACUCGGAGUCCACCUUUGCUUGUCUGGAUGUUGUGGUGCGAGAUUGCCACGUUUAUGAGUACAAAACUUGGUGAGAGUGCCCUCUACCUUUUUUUCUUUUUGUGAAAGAUCCAUGUCAGAUUGUCGGGGCCUCUCCAUGUAAAGCUUGUUGAUGUAACGGAACGAGUUGUCCCGUCGUGUGAGAAAUAAAGAAGUUAGCGAAGAA